AUGGACGCCGAUUUCCGUGCCAUGGAUUCUCACCAGGACCACUCCUCGUCCGAGUCCAGAACCUAUACUACUUCCUCCUUUCAACAAUCUAGUUUGAAUGGACAGAACUAUCAAACCGUUGCUCAUCACCCCACUUCCGACGGACAAAACCACGCCGCAACCGCCGAAGAGCCCGAACAGUCUGCCACCACUGAACAGGUCAUCAACCAAACUGCGGAACCCAUCAAGUUGACAUCGACCUCCUCCUCCCUGAGCUCAUCCCUCGCCAGUGAAGAUGGCCGCUGGGGUGAACAGGAAAAGGGCGAGCCCGUCUCGCGCCGCGGCGCAAUGGAAGACCUGGAAGAAAUGCGCCGGGAACUGACCCGUCUCAGUCUGCACCGCACCCGGUCAACUACCAAGAGUGCCCGCCGUUUGAAGUCACGCACUAGUCGUCGCGACGAAGAGAAGGGCAAAGAGGAGGAAUCUGAAGCUGAGACCGAGGACUUCGAUCUGGGUGAGUUCCUCAUUGGCGGUCAUCUAGAACGCCGGACCACCGCUGGCGAACCCGCCAAGAAGGUCGGCGUCGUCUUCAAGAACCUUACUGUCAAGGGUGUCCAGACUGGUGCGUCGUUCGUGCGCACUCUCCCCCACGCCGUGGUGGGAACUUUCGGUCCGGAUCUGUAUAACCUCGUUUGCCGAUUCGUGCCGCAGUUGCAAUUUGGCAAGAAGCCCCCUGUGCGUGAUUUGAUUCAUGAUUUCAGCGGUGCCGUGCGAGAGGGUGAGAUGAUGCUCGUGCUGGGCCGUCCUGGUGCGGGUUGUACCACUUUCCUCAAGGCCAUUGCCAAUGACCGGGCUGCCUUUGCUGGUGUUGAAGGCGAGGUAAGCUAUGGAGGUCUCUCGGCUGAGGAUCAGAACAAGCACUUCCGUGGCGAGGUCAACUAUAAUCCUGAGGAUGAUCAGCACUUCCCUUCUCUCACUGUCUGGCAGACUCUGAAGUUCUCUCUUAUCAACAAGACUCGCAAGCAUGACCGUGAGAGUAUUCCUGUUAUCAUUGAUGCCUUGUUGAAGAUGUUCGGUAUCAGCCACACUAAGAACACGCUUGUUGGUAACGAGUAUGUACGCGGUGUCUCAGGUGGUGAGCGCAAGCGUGUCAGUAUCGCUGAGACCCUGGCCACUAAGUCGUCUGUCGUCUGCUGGGAUAACUCAACCCGUGGUCUGGAUGCCAGCACUGCUCUGGACUACGCCAAGUCUCUCCGUAUCAUGACGGACGUCAGCAAGCGUACUACCUUUGUCACCCUCUACCAAGCUGGAGAGAGCAUCUACGAGCUUAUGGAUAAGGUGAUGGUUAUCGACGCCGGCCGCAUGCUUUACCAAGGUCCCGCCAACGAAGCCCGCCAGUAUUUUGUCAACCUCGGAUUCCACUGCCCCGACCAGUCCACCACCGCCGACUUCCUGACUUCCCUGUGCGACCCCAACGCCCGCCAAUUCCAACCUGGCCUUGAGGCAUCCACCCCCAAGACCGCCGAGGAGCUCGAGAGCAUCUUCAAGAACAGCACCUCCCACAAGUAUAUCGAGGACGAUGUCUCCAGCUAUGAGCAACGUCUCCAGGAUACCCAGCAGGAGGAUACCCGUCGUUUCCAGUCAACUGUUGCUCAAUCGAAGAGCAAGACAGUCUCCAAGAAAUCGCCAUACACCGUUUCUCUCGUGCGCCAGGUCAUGGCCUGUGUGCAGCGUGAGUUCUGGUUGUUGUGGGGUGACAAGACUUCUCUCUACACUAAGUACUUCAUCAUCAUCUCCAACGGUCUCAUUGUCUCGUCCCUAUUCUACGGAGAAUCUAUGGAUACCAGCGGUGCAUUCUCGCGUGGUGGUGCUCUCUUCUUCUCGAUUCUAUUCCUGGGUUGGUUGCAGUUGACUGAGCUGAUGCCUGCUGUCUCUGGUCGUGGUAUCGUUGCCCGUCACAAGGAUUAUGCUUUCUACCGUCCGUCUGCUGUCUCCAUUGCCCGUGUGGUUGUCGAUUUCCCUGCAAUUUUCUGCAUGGUCGUGCCAUUUACCAUCAUCGUUUACUUCAUGACUGGUCUUGAUGUUGAUGUGUCCAAGUUCUUCAUCUAUUUCCUGUUUGUGUAUACGACUACCAUCUGUAUCACUUCGCUUUACCGCAUGUUCGCCGCGUUGUCGCCAACUAUUGAUGACGCCGUUCGCUUUGCUGGUAUUGGGUUGAACUUGCUGAUUAUCUAUGUCGGCUAUGUGAUCCCGAAGCAGAAUUUGAUUUCCGAUUCGAUCUGGUUCGGUUGGUUGUUCUAUGUCAACCCGCUUUCGUACAGUUACGAGUCCGUCUUGACGAACGAGUUCACUGGUCGCACUAUGCAGUGUGCCCCGUCUCAGUUGGUCCCUCAGGGCCCUAAUGUGAGCCCGGAGUACCAGGGUUGUGCUUUGACUGGGUCAACUCUUGGUAGAACUUCCGUUGAUGGAUCUCAGUACUUGACUACCAACUUCCAGUUCACUCGUCACCACAUGUGGCGCAACUUUGGUGUCAUAAUUGCGUUUACUGUUCUCUAUAUCCUAGUUACUGUCUGGGCUGCUGAGUUUCUCUCGUUCGGUGGCGGUGGUGGCGGUGCUCUGGUAUUCAAGAAGUCCAAGCGUGCUAAGAACAUUACUGCUCAGCCUAAUGGCAACGACGAGGAGAAGGUCGCCAACGCCGGUGACAACGCCACUCUCGCUCAGGGCAAGGGCUCUUCUGGUGAGGAUGCCGCUUUCAACCGUUUGUCCGAGAGUGAGCGCUGCUUCACCUGGGAGAACGUGGAAUACACCGUCCCCUACGGCAAUGGAACUCGUAAGCUUCUCAACGGUGUCAACGGUUACGCUAAGCCUGGUGUCAUGAUUGCUUUGAUGGGUGCCUCUGGUGCCGGAAAGACUACUCUGCUUAAUACACUCGCCCAGCGUCAGAAGAUGGGUGUCGUUACUGGAGACAUGCUCGUCGAUGGGCACAACCUUGGACCUGACUUCCAGCGUGGUACUGGUUUCUGUGAGCAGAUGGAUCUUCACGACCAGACCUCCACCAUCCGUGAGGCUUUCGAGUUCUCUGCUAUUCUCCGCCAGCCCCGUGAAACUUCCCGCACGGAGAAGAUCGAGUACGUCGACCGUAUCAUCAACCUUUUGGAACUUGAGGAUAUCCAGGAUGCCAUUAUUGGUUCUCUCAAUGUCGAGCAGAAGAAGCGUGUCACUAUCGGUGUGGAACUUGCUGCCAAGCCCAGUCUUCUUCUCUUCCUUGAUGAGCCUACUAGUGGUCUCGACAGUCAGGCUGCCUUUUCCAUUGUCCGUUUUCUCAAGAAGCUUUCCCAGGCCGGUCAGGCUAUCGUCUGUACUAUCCACCAGCCCUCCUCCAUGCUCAUCCAACAAUUCGACAUGAUCCUCGCCCUUAACCCCGGUGGUAACACCUUCUAUUUUGGUCCCGUUGGACAGGAAGGUGCAGCAGUGAUCAAGUACUUCGGCGACCGCGGCUUCCACUGCCCACCUUCCAAGAACGUCGCCGAGUUCAUUCUCGAAACCGCCGCAAAGGGAACGCAACGCAACGGUAAACAUGUUGACUGGAACGAAGAAUGGCGCAGCUCAGACCAGAACCAAGAGAUGCUGGCCGAAAUCGAACGCAUCCGUACAGAGCGUAGCAAACUUCCCAUCGAACAGUCAAACGGAACCCAGAACGAGUUCGCCGCGACUACCUUCACGCAAACAAUCCAACUUACAAAGCGUCUCUUCCUGAACUACUGGCGCGAUCCAUCCUACUACUACGGCAAGCUCUUCGUUAGUGUCAUCAUCGGUAUCUUCAACGGAUUCACCUUCUGGAUGCUCCCCAACACAGUGGCCUCUAUGCAGGACCGCAUGUUCUCCGUGUUCCUGAUCAUCCUUAUCCCACCAAUUGUCCUGAACUCCAUCGUGCCCAAGUUCUACAUCAACCGUGCCCUUUGGGAAGCGAGAGAGUACCCGUCCAGAAUCUACGGCUGGGUCGCAUUCUGCACUGCGAACGUCGUCUGUGAAAUCCCCGCAGCCAUCAUCUCAGGUCUGAUCUACUGGCUGUUAUGGUACUACCCCGUCGGUUUCCCAACAGACUCCUCGACGGCAGGCUACGUCUUCCUCAUGUCAAUGCUCUUCUUCCUCUUCCAGGCAUCAUGGGGCCAAUGGAUUUGCGCCUUCGCUCCCUCCUUCACAGUCAUCUCCAAUGUCCUUCCCUUCUUCUUUGUCAUGGUCAACUUGUUCAACGGUAUCGUCCGUCCGUAUGCCAACUAUCCCGUCUUCUGGAAGUACUGGAUGUACUACGUUAACCCAACGACCUGGUGGAUGCGCGGUGUCCUCUCGGCCGUUCUGCCCGAUGUUAAGAUCGACUGUGCCUCUCAAGAAGCCACACACUUCAACCCUCCUCCUGGUCAGAGCUGUCAGGCUUAUGCUGGUGACUUUGUGAGCCAGCUUGCUAAGGUUGGAUACCUUGUCAACCCCGAUGCGACUUCCGAUUGCCAGUACUGUCCCUACAAGGAUGGUGCGGAGUAUAUGACCAACCUCAACGUCCAUGACGGUGACAAGUGGCGCUGCUUUGGUAUUUUCCUCGCCUUUGUCAUCAUUAACUGGGCUUUGGUUUACUUCUUUAUUUACACUGUUCGUGUGAGAGGUUGGGGGUUCGGUCUCGGCUACAUCUUUGGUGGUGCUGGCUUGAUCGUUGACCGUGUCAAGGGUCUGUUCAAGUCCAAGAAGAGUGAGCAGGCUUGA